CUCAGGUUUGUUGUUCAUGGUUUGGAAACUGGAGAGCAGUAUGUUUUCCGUGUGAAAGCUGUAAACGCUGUUGGAGUCAGUGAAAACUCACAGGAGUCAGAGGCUAUAAUGGUACAGGCAGCCCUUACUUGUCCAUCAUAUCCUCAUGGUAUCACACUUCUGAACUGUGAUGGUCAUUCAAUGACCCUUGGCUGGAAAGCACCAAAGUACAGUGGAGGUUCACCAAUCCUUGGUUAUUAUAUGGACAAACGUGAAGCUAAACAUCAAAACUGGCAUGAAGUCAAUCCUUCCCUUAUUACCCAGACGAUUUAUACGGUAGAGGAUCUGACAGAAGAUGCCUUCUAUGAAUUCAAGGUUGCUGCUGUAAAUCUGGUUGGAAUAGGUCAACCUUCAGAUCCCAGUGAGCAUUUUAAGUGUAAAGCUUGGACAAUGCCAGAACCUGGUCCUUCCUACGAUCUCAGGAUUUGUGAAGUUAGAAAUACAUCACUGGUUCUUCUGUGGAAAGCUCCUGUGUAUGAAGGCAAAAGCCCUAUUACUGGGUAUUUAGUGGAUUAUAAGGAGGUAGAUACAGAAGACUGGAUCACUGCUAAUGAAAAACCUACUCCAAAGCGCUAUUUUAAGGUCACUGAUUUACAUGAAGGUCAUACCUAUGUUUUCAAAGUUCGUGCAGUGAAUGACGCUGGGGUAGGCAAGUCAUCUGAAAUAUCUGAACCAGUGCUUGUUGAGGCACGGCCAGGAACAAAAGAAAUCUUUUCAGGUGUUGACGAUGAGGGCAAUAUUUACCUGGCUUUUGAGUGCAAAGAAGCUACAGAUGCAUCUCAUUUUGCAUGGGGUAAAUCGUAUGAGGAGAUUGGUGAUUCUGAUAAGUUUAUGAUUGAAACAGAAGGACAUCAUUCUAAGCUGUACUUCAAAAAUCCUGAUAAGUCAGACUUGGGAACUUACUCUAUAUCAGUUAGUGACACGGAUGGGAUUUCAUCCAGCUUCGUUAUGGAUGAAGAAGAGUUUGAACGUUUGAUGGCAUUAAGCAAUGAAAUAAAGAAUCCAACAAUACCUCUGAAAUCAGAAUUAGCUUAUGAGAUUCUUGAGAAAGGAGAAGUUCGUUUCUGGAUUCAGGCUGAAAGCUUAUCAGCAGAUUCUACCUUCAGAUUUGUUAUUAAUGAUAAAGAGGUUGAAAACAGUGAUAGGCAUAAAAUACAUUGUGAUCGUUCAAAUGGCAUCAUAGAAAUGGUGAUGGAAAAAUUUACAAUUGACAAUGAAGGUACCUACACAGUACAGAUUCAAGAUGGAAAAGCCAAGAACCAGUCUUCAUUAGUUCUCAUUGGAGAUGCAUUUAAGGAAGCAUUGGCUGAGUCUGAGCUCCAGAGAAAGGAAUUUCUCAGGAAGCAAGGUCCUCACUUCUCAGAGUUUUUGUAUUGGGAAGUUACAGAGGAGUGCGAAGUUUUACUUGCUUGUAAGGUUGCGAACACAAAGAAGGAGACUGUUUUCAAGUGGUAUAAGGAUGGUUCUGGGAUUGAUGUUGAUGAGGAGCCUGACCUGCAGAAGGGACAAUGUCAACUCAGUAUUCCCAAGCUAUCUCGCAAAGAUGAAGGAGUUUAUAAGGCAACGCUAUCAGAUGAUAGAGGUCAUGAUCUGUCUACUCUUGAAUUAUCAGGAAAAGUGUAUGAUGAUAUAAUUCUGGCAUUGAGUGGAGUCAGUGGUAAGUCAGCCUCUCCACUGAAGAUCCUUUGCACUGAGGAAGGAAUAAGGCUCCAGUGUUUCUUGAAGUACUACAAUGAAGAAAUGAAAAUCAGCUGGUCUCACAGGGAAUCUAAGAUUUCUUCUGGUGAAAAGAUGAAAAUUGGAGGAGGAGAGGAUGUUGUCUGGCUGCAAAUAGGUGAACCCACUGAAAAGGACAAGGGGAACUAUACCUUUGAAAUCUUCGGUGACAAAGAAUCCUACAAACGCACACUUGAUCUGUCUGGUCAAGCUUUUGAUGAUGCAUAUGCAGAAUUCCAGCGACUAAAGGCAGCUGCUUUUGCUGAAAAGAAUCGUGGUAAAGUCAUUGGUGGUUUACCUGACGUUGUUACGAUAAUGGAUGGAAAGACGCUGAAUCUGACCUGUACUGUAUUUGGAAAUCCUGAUCCUGAAGUGGUUUGGUUCAAGAAUGACAAGGCCUUUGAACUUGAUGAGCACUAUGCAUUUUCACUGGAACAAGGGAAAUAUGCCAGUUUAUCAAUCAAGGGAGUGACCUCAGAAGACUCAGGAAAAUAUAGCAUCCAUGUCAAGAACAAGUAUGGUGGGGAAACAGUGGAUGUGACUGUAAGUGUGUACAGACAUGGUGAAAAAAUGCCUGAAAUUAAGCCUGGCCAGCUUGCUAAGCCCAGGCCAAUACCACCAUCAGAAGAAGUCCUCAAACCUUAGGGCCAGGAAUAAUCCAGUAAGAAGUAAAUCUUGACACUAUGUUUGACAAACAGAAUAUAUGAGCUGUAGUUGAGAUAUUCCCAAAUGUAACACUGCUAAUGUCCAAAGGGAAACUGAGCUUUUAGGUAUUUGCUUUAGGGAGGUAGCUGUGUUAUGAUACUAUACACAUCUGCAACAGUCUCAGUCUGGAUACAUAUAAUAGGUUUGAACUCGCAAAUAAUAAAAUGCCAAAUGCCUGCCAGAGGUUGUCAUAUCCAAUGGCAAGCUACAAAAAUCUACAGCAAAUCUCCAUUUCCACCCUCCCCAGCUCUCUGCAAAAAAACCAAAAACCCCAAACAAGCCAAUAACACUCUGAGAACCAUUGUCCCAUCAGUAAAGGUAGUGAACUGCAGUUAGGUACAUAUUCAGAGGUGGCUCCUGCUUUGAUCCACACACAGUCCCUCUAACUUUGAAGCCUCUGAUCCUUUAAGUCUAGUGGAUAGGCUCUAUUUAGUAAUAAAACUGUUGUUUGAUAGUGUGACUUUAUCUUCAGCAGGCUUCUAGAAACAUUCACUGUUUACUCAUUAAAGCAUAGGUCACAUGGUUGUAUUUUGUUUUUUCUUGCUUUGUGCUAAUAAAACUGUAAAAGUCACCUUUGCUAUUCACUGCUCCAAAUCACACCUAACUAGUUCUGUUUACUCUUUUUCAUUGUUUACUUAUUGCUUAUUGCACAAUUUCACAGCUGGUAGUAUGUCAACUAUUGACUUCCAAUAAAGAAUGCAAAUUAUGGUUAAUCACAG